CUUGGAGAACAGCUGUGACUUUUUUAAUGCCCGGACUACGUACAAAUACUUCACAUUUUCCUAGCCGCAGCUUCCACCGUGAGCCAAACCUCGAGUCUCGCCUCCUCCAGCCGGCCCUGGCCUGCGGACGGGACGGGUGCAGCCGCCGGGCUGCCGGUGCCCGGGGAGACGCCGACGGGGCACCGGGAGGCGGUGGGCUAGCCAGGGCAACAGCACAAGCUGCUAAAUCAGCAAGGACAGUUGUCAUCACUGGUGUUCCAGAUGGCCUUCUGCACAAUGAUGUCAUGACUGACAUACUGAUGAUUCAUUUCCAAAUGUCGAAGAACAACGGCGGAGAUGUGGAAGAAGUAAUGUAUCCAACAAGGAGAAAAGGCGUUGCAUAUGUAACUUUUGAAGAUCAGGAAGUUGUAGAGAAUGUUCUAAAGAAGGAUGAACAUCGACUAGAAGACAAGAGGCUGUCCAGAUACUAUCCGCUGAAAGUAACCCGUUACUGUGAAAACGUCUUCAGCUCUGUCACAUCUGUCCUUGAUAUGUCUGUUUUCAAAGAUCACUUUGUUUUAGAAGAUCUGAUACAAGAAAUUAAAAAGAAGAGCACAGCUUUAAGCUUUGGUCCUUUGCAAUCCAAUGGGCAUAUUUCUGUUCAAGGGUCAUUUCCAGCAAUCAAAUUGCUAAGAGACUUUCUCUUACUAAAAGCAAAAUCCCUUUCAGAGAAGGACAAAAGAGAAGCAAGCAAGUCCCAUCAGAGACCAAGGAGGAGGCUACAGCAACAGAGACUUACCAUGGAGACAAGUAAUUUUGUUGAUGGUGCAGAUGGGGAAAAACAAGUGGUUGUUCUCGACACAGAUAUAUAUCACUACAUGAAGUACUUUUUUUCCAGGACAUUCCUAGUAAAUGACAAUGUUGUAAUUUCUGACGUCACUGAUGGUGAUAUAACUACAGUAUACAUUAAGAAUAUUGGAAAUAGGUCUGAUGCUGGACAGGUAUUAAAAGUCAAAGAGAAAAUUGAAAAUCAGUCUAUAAAACUCCAUAACACUUUACGUAAAGAAAGGAUCUACUUUCAGGAGCACACCAGAGGUGAGAAGCAGAGAUAUAAAUGGGCAUGUGAAAAUCUAAAACCCCAUUACCCUCAUGUUUUAAUCAUUCCUUAUGAUACUCACAUUGAUGUUGUAGGAAAUCCUGCUGAAAUUUUUGAAUUUACAAAGAAAGUGAGCAAUAAGAUUCAGAGCCUGUUUCAAACAAGGUAGAAAGUUAGUGUUCAUGUUGUUUACACAUUGUGCUUCUCCAGCACCAGACUGUACUGGUGCAACCUGUGCACCUCUAUGUCACUGCAGAUCUGUCACUGCAUCUCAUCUCUCGUGAGCUUAGAGUCUGAAGAAAUUAGGCCUCUCCUGUCCAGAUACAGCCAUUUAUUUCUUUUCAUUAGCUGCAUUUUGGGCACAUGUACACUCAUUCUGUCUUGCUGUCAGGGAACAUGUGACGAGAAAAGAGAAUUUUUUAGAGAGUUCUCAUUAGCAUAAGAAGUCAGACUGACAAAGCUGGGUGAGUCAACCUGAUAUGAAAUACUGUGUUGAGUUAAUGUUUCUUUGUGCAAGAUGACCACUGGAAACAGGAAUGGUGGCCUUUUUCUGUUGCCUUUAUCUGCAGAAGGAAGUUCUUGUCAUUGAGGUGCAUGAAGAAGAUAGAGCUUUGACACUUGAAGGGAUGGGAUGCUUAUUAAAUUUACAGGCUUGCCAUGUCCUGAGAAGGACCUUAGAGGAUGGCAUUGGAAGUUAUUGACAGUAGAAAAUCAGUGAGUUUGUUUUCAUAGGAGCAAUAACAUUUUUUUCCCCAGCUGUAACGGCAUCUGCAGCAUCCCUUGACAGCAUGUUCUUUAGACAUGAAAAUGUAUCCAAAGUUUUGAUGUGAAAAUCUUGGGGCAUUUAGACUUUUGAAUCAGAUUCUGUUUUGCAAAUCCGUUUCUAUAUCCACUACAGGAGUCCAAAUGCCUAUCCUAAUUUAGGCUUUUUAUAAAACCAAUUUAGAAAACAACUUUCAUUUUGUGAUAUCGGUGUGUUUGGAAUACUUUGUCAAAACAUAGAGAGCACCGUCUCUUUUGCCUUAUGUGCAGGAAAAGUUUUAAGUUUUUAUGCCAUUAAAGAAAUUAGUUCUACAAAA